GUUUCCUUAUGGAAGUUUUCUUUUUCCGGGAGCUGGACAAAUUUGGUUUUGAUUCAUCUGCUCGCUCUUCUGUAUCAAUCGUCAAUCAGUAGAGAAAUUUGAUUUUGUUUCCUUGAUUGUUCUGCUUUGUGUCCUAUUUAAUAGCGGCUGUCAGUUAAGCAGCCUUACGCACGCACUGUAAUGGAAUCACUGCAAUUAUUCUAAGUGAAGCUUUGUUCGAUCGAGAGAGAGAGAGAUGGGGGGAUGGAGAGGGAUUCUGGGGUUUGAGUAUGGGAUAGUUCAGGCGCCGUUGGGACCGGACAUCUCAGGGCCGGAAUUGGUGGCCGCGGUCGCUAACGCUGGUGGGCUUGGCUUUAUCAGGGCUCCCGACUGGGAAUGCCCCGACUAUAUGAGAGGUCUCAUACAGAAAACUCGAACCAUGACGGACAAGCCCUUUGGAGUCGGUGUUGUAUUGGCAUUUCCUUAUCAACAAAACCUGAAGGUCAUACUUGAUGAGAAGGUGGGGGUGCUCCAAGUCUACUGGGGAGACUGCUCAAAGGAGCUUGUGGAUGAAGCCCAUCAAGCAGGAGUAAAAGUUGUUCCACAAGUUGGGAGCUUCGAAGAAGCGAAGAAAGCGGUUAAUGUCGGCGUAGAUGCAAUUAUUGUCCAAGGACGUGAAGCAGGAGGGCAUAUUAUUGGUCAGGAAUCUGUGAUUGCAUUGGUGCCUAGGGUGGUGGAUCUUAUUGGGGAAAGAGACAUUCCUGUUAUCGCUGCUGGAGGUAUAGUGGACUCACGCGGGUAUGUUGCUGCUCUAGCUCUUGGCGCCCGAGGUGUCUGCCUAGGCACGAGAUUUGUUGCAACAGAAGAAAGCUAUGCUCACCCUACAUACAAGAGGAAGUUGGUGGAAUCCGACAAAACUGAGUACACCAACAUCUUCGGGAGGGCAAGGUGGCCUGGGGCACCACAGCGCGUCCUGAAAACGCCUUUCUUUAAUGACUGGAGUUCUCUUCCUGAGAACAAAAAUGAGGUGGAUCAGCCAGUGAUCGGCUGCUCAACCAUCAAUGGUGUGGAAAAGGAGAUUCGCCGGUUGGCUGGAACAGUCCCGAACUUCACAACUACAGGAGAUAUCCAGAGCAUGGCAAUGUACGCAGGCCAAGGAGUGGGGUUGAUCAAGGAGAUUUUACCAGCAGGGGAAGUUGUAAAGAGACUGGUCGAAGGUGCUAAAUUGCUCAUUCACCGAGAAUUCAAUAACUUUGGUCAAGCUUGAGAAAUGUAAUUCGAAGAGAUUAGCCGAAAUAAAAGGACCGUCCUAUGCCUCCAGAAUUUUUCACCUGAGUUUGCCGGAAAAUGAUGCAAAGCUUACUGAAAGAUUUGCAAAAACAGAUAAUAUGUCAUAUUUGUA